AUGAAUACAGCAAUGACAUCAACACAUUUUAUGUUAUUACCUGAUAUUGUGUUGCUUGAAAUCUUCUCAUAUUUAUCAAGUGAAGAUGUUUUGUACGCUUUCGGCAACUUACACGACUUCCGUCUUCUUGAUUUACUUACAGAAUAUGGAGCAUUUCGACAGAUUUGUCUUUCCUCACAAUUGUCUCGUUACCAAUAUCAAGUUCUUUCAAAAGAUAUCUGGCGUUAUGAUUUGAUUCAUUGGAGUCGAUUAACAGAUUGUCUACAAUCACUGGAACAUUUAUCUACAUACGUAGAAAGUAUGUCUGAUGUGUAUACAUUGGCGGUAGAUGGAUUUUUUCCUUGUCUACAAUCGCUUCAUAUCUAUGUUCAUAAAUCUGUGAUAAAAACAGUUUCAACUGGACUUCCAGCUAUUGCAAACCUUCAUAUGCCAAAUUUGGAAACAUUUUAUUUAUAUGUAAAAAAGCAAGGAAAAGCAAAUGAAGGAGAAGAACAAGUCGAAUGGGCAACUUUAGAGACAUUAACUUCUCAUUCUGUUAUGCCUCGUCUUCGACGAUAUUCUUUGAUCUAUAAUUUAUCGACAAGUGUUGAAAUUCAACAUAUAUUUCAAUCGUCUCUUUUCAAUAAUGACAAGCGACAUAUUCGUAUUCAGUUUGCACUUCAUAUUAAUUCAUUGACUUCCAUAGAUUUAUCUGAUAUUAUUGACAUAUGUGACAUUCAUUCUACACAUUAUAAUAAUAUUUUUGUGCAAUAUAAUGAUGAAGAUAAGUCAAAAUUACACUAUACUUUGUUCACUUCAUCAUGGCCAAGUUGGACAAUAUUUUGGAUGAAUCAUCAUAAUGUAGCACCACGCAGUGGUGUCCAUCAGUUAGGAAUCAAAUCUCCAAACAUUUCAUUACAUUCACUUGGUAAAUUAUGUUCUGAUGCUAAUGAAUUAGUGUGUCAACAUCCUGCAUCGUUCUCCAUGGUUGACUCAUUAAUUAUGGCACCAACACCUUUAAUCAAUUUACGUUGUUUAGAAAUACACAAUGUCGUCCCGGGAUUGGAACUUCUUUUUGAUGGUAAUAUGCUUCCUCGUUUGCAUUCUCUUCGUGGACUCAUUAUACCACUAUUCGUUGCCUUUGCAAGUCGAGCGAAUCAAAUGAAAACUCUUGAUACGGUUGAUCAUUUGGCGAUUACAGAUCAAGGAAGUAAUGAAGAAAGGUGUUUCUCGUUCAAACAGUGGCAUAUAGUGCUUGAUGCUCUACCUCGCUUGAGAACACUACUUGUUCAACUUCAUAAUGGAAAGUGUCCACCAAUGGUAAUGGCAGAUCUAUUUGUUAAUUAUAUAAAACGAACAACUCGAGCACCUCUUAAUCUUUUUUCUUGUUGCAUCGAUCAUAAUAGUGAUGCCAAUAACAAAGAACAUUUUAUUACAUAUUUAGAAGAAAGAAUUGAAAUGGUAUGUUCUUCUGUUCAAUUUGCAUUCAUCAGUCCGACAAGACUUGAUGCAUGGAUGUAAUUAAUAUUCUUGUUUGUUUCUAAUAAAUAUGUUGAAGUAUAACUUAUCUCAUUCCAAAAUACUAAAAAUUUUCUCUUAAAGAAUUUUUGAUCACUGAAGAUUUUUUUCAAAAUUAGAUACUAGUUCUGAAUAAUUGUUUGUUUGAGAGAUUUGUAAGAAAAGAAUUGCAUAAAAUUUAGUAUUUAAAUUCAUAUAUUGAAUAUAGAAAAGAACAUUCUCAUGAAAAUUAUAUAAGUAAAUAUAAUGUCAAUGAUUUUCUUAAACAAAACUAAUAUGCAAUAUAAAAGUCUUUGGAUGCAUGUCGAGGUCAUUUCUUAUCAGUCAAGUAUCGAGUCAAUCUGAACUAUUUUUUUGUCUGAAAGAGUAAUGUCUGAAGAAUAAAAAGGAUGAGCUGAGUCAAAAUUUUUACUUGUGCUUUGAUAAAAUUUAAAUACAAAACAACAUUUAAAAUAUCUUUACAAUCUGGUUUUUCGAUUUUUUUCAAUAGUUGACUUCACGAUUUCGUCUGUUUCAAAUUUAGAAUUAAACUUAUUUACGUAUAAAACCUUUCAAUUCUUAUCAUUUCAUCUAUCUGGAUUUUUUUCUUUUUGGUUAUAUUGUCGAUUAGAAAAUUUACUUUUGUAAUAUUUCUUCUCCUGAAUUAUCAAUUUGAUAAAAAUUGUGUAAUAGAAAAAAAAAUAAUGAGUAGGGAAAAGCUUUGCGAUGUAAACAGAAACUUUUUGAAAUUUAUGCGUUAGACACAGGUUUUUUUUAGCUCUAUCUAAUGCUAUAUUUUGGUUAUGAUUCAUAGAUAUUGAAGUGUAAUAAGUACUUUUUAAUAGUUUUAUUUCAACGAAAUCAAAAAUUAUUGUUCCUGUGAUCGACACUCAUAUCAUCAACAAUGCAAGUCAAAUGGAUUCUGGUGUAUUUGGUUAAUGUAGAUCAGACUUAAUUUGUCUUUCCUUGAGUAUACAUAACGGUCUUUGUGACGUAAUCAUUUGAUUCACUCAACAAUAAUCCAUGUAAAAAAAUUUUGUGCAAAAAAUCAUGAAAUAAUCGAUUAAAAAUCAAUUAUAAUCGUACGAUUUUAAUCAAUAAUUUUAGCAGUAAUAAUCAUAGCAAAAUCAGGUUUUAAUCGAUUACUUCAAUUAUUCUGAUUGCAAUCGAUUUAGAAUAUUUUUAAAAAUCGAUUAUAAUCAGAAAAAUUGAAAUAAUCGAUUAAAACCUGAUUUUGCUAUGAUUGUUACUGCUUAAAUUAUUGAUUAAAAUCGUAUGAUUAUAAUCGAUUUUUUUAUUAUUUUUUUUUACAUGGGAAUAGUGCCAAAUUAACUGAUUCUAGUAUUCUAAGCAAUGACAAUUGAGCUCAUGUAACAGUUGUAUAUGAUGCAGUUCAAUUUUGACUCAAUGAUUUACGUGAUUGCUCAAAUCGAUUCUGUAUUGACCAGUAUAGUAUAUCCUUAUCAAGGUACGUCAACUGGUGAAACAAGCGAUUGCAGUGUCCUCAUUAUUAGGAUAUCAAUCAUCGUUUUUCAAUGGGUAUGAUAUAUAAGCUGAAUGAGACAAGUUUUAAUAGAGUAAGCUAGUUAUUUAUUCAAGAUGUUACAUCAAUGAAAUGCAUAAUCUGUUAAAAAUUUCAUAGUUUUUUUUCCUGAUAAAAUGGCUCUGAUUUUUUGAAAAGAGAAAAUAUAUAUGUUAAUCAGUAUAUUUAGAUUUUACAAACAUUUUGUUUUUCUGACGAAGAUUCUCAUGAUGUAUCUUAUGACUUCGAAAAAGGACUGUUAUAUAGUAAUUUCUUGUAAGGACUGUAAGAAACUUUUUGCUUAUGGCUUUGAAUAUUUUAAAAUCCAAAAAUGGAUCAAUACACCAGUAACCAACGUAAUAAAAGUAGUUAAUAGUAUGGAUUCAUUGAUCUACUUUUCAUGCAUUAAUAACUAUAGAUAAGCAACUGUGAGUGACGUUGCAGAAUGAUGUGCCAAAAUUGAUCACUAGAAAAACUUGUUAAAACUAUGCGUAUGGAAUGACAUUGAAGGCAGCCUAUUGAAGUAUACUAAAAUUCAGUCGGAUACAUUAGAGUUCAAUAAUCUGAACAGCUCGCAUCUUUUUCUUUCGUUUCUUUCUUGAAUAUUCUGUGGUAAAAUACUAAUAAAAGACAAAAAUGUAACACAUUGUUGUGUUUAGGAAUAUUCAGCUGUUUACGAUUUCGACCGAUGUAGCUCGGUCUACCUAUCAGGUAUACAAUGAUGCUACUGUAGCUGCCUAUUAUCCGUUUGAUGCAAACAGAACAUUGCCUGAUCAUAGUGUUAAUGUCUUUACUGAAUAUACUUCGAGCACUAAUGUAAUAUCAUCGAAUCAUAUACAAAAAGCCCUUUUAUUCUCACAAGCUACAAGUUGUUUUCAAGUACAAUAUUUUACAUUACCACGUUAUUCUAACUUACCAUUUUCAAUAUCACUCUGAAUUAAUUUCACUAUGGCAUCUAAUGGUUCUAUAGGGGUGUGGGUGUGGGUGUGGGGUGUGGGUGUGGGUGUGUGGGUAUGGGGGGG